CCACUACACAUUUGAUAAUUGGAAUUACUAAUUAAAUUUCAUUUAAAUUUUAUUCCUAACAAAUCUACUUUUGGAACCCAAAAUGAUUAUUUUAUUUUUAAUAGCAUUAAUGCAGCCAAUUUUUGGGUCUUCUAGUUUUUUGGAUAGUCGAAUUAUUGGUGGAGAAGUAGCAAAAGUAGGGGAAGUUCCGCAUGUGGUUUCAUUGCGAAAUACAAGUGGCAUUCAUAUUUGUGGAGGAAGUUUAAUUUCUGAUGUAUGGGUGUUAUCCACAGUUAAAUGUGCGCAAUCGACCUAUUCAAUUCAGUAUGGAAAAUUAAAUAUCACUACAGAAAAUGAUACUGAAUCCGUUAUACGUGUGAAUCAUACCAUUGUGCAUCCAGAAUAUAACCCAAAUGAUACUCAACACGAUAUUGUCCUACUCAAAUUAGCUAAUCCAAUUAAAAUAGAUGAUAAUGUAAAACCAGCAAAUUUACCACCAGAAGACGAAUUCACGUGGCCAUGGAGUGUGGGAACACUAGCAGGAUGGGGUCGUUUGAAGGUGGAAGGAGAAUUCCCUAAGCAAUUACAAAUCGUAAAUACAAGUGUAGUUGGUUGGGGGGACUGUAAAUUCAAUUUAUGGAAAAAAGGAAAUGUCUAUCAGACUAAUAUUUGUGUUGGAGGUCGUCAAGAGGCAUCGGGACAAUGCUAUGCGGAUGAUGGUGGUCCAUUCACUCAAUAUGGAAUGGUUGUGGGCAUAUUGUCAUGGUUCGUAGCACCACCUUGUGGCGCAAGAGGAUUCCCUGCGGUCUAUACACGGGUUGCAAGUUAUAGAAACUGGAUACGCGAUAAUACGGGAAUUUAAAUAAGUUUGCAUAAAACCUUAACCAUUUCUUGUAAAAUCAUUAAAAAUAUUGAUGAAUAUAUAUGUAUUUCAAAAUUUA